UACAUGUGAACAGUGAAUAGUGAAUUUAAUUGAAAUUAAACAUGUUAAUUGUUGAAAAACAAUUUAAUAAAUAUAAUAUAAUUUCAUUAAUUAUGGUUGUUAUGCCACAAAGUUAUUUUGUUAAAAAAAUUGAAAAUACAAAAUAACAGUUGUUGAUAAUAGUUAAGAUAGAAAUAUUACAUAUUCCCUAUCGAUAUGGAGAAUGAAAUUUUGUGGAUAAUAGUGGCUUGCAUUUGUUGCAUUGCAGUAUUAUUAACCCUAUUCAAAAUAUACAAUAAAUUAACCGUAGGAGUAUGUAAAAGUGAUAAGAGAUUGGAUGAACAAGUCAUAAUUGUCACCGGCGCUAAUACAGGCAUUGGUAAGGAGACAGCUUUAGAUUUUGCGAGACGAGGAGCAAAAGUUAUUUUAGCGUGUAGGGAUCUAGUAAAAGCUCACAAGGCGAAAGAAGAAAUAGUGGAAAUUACGAAAAAUAGAAAUGUGGUGGUUCGACACUUGGAUUUAGCCUCUUUGAAAAGUGUCAGAAAAUUUGCAAGCGAAAUAAUUGACACAGAAAGCAGAUUAGAUGUUUUGGUUAAUAAUGCAGGCGUGGGGAGUAUUGUUGAUGAGAAAACCGAGGAUGGUCUCGAUUUGUGUUUACAAGUUAAUCACUAUGGACACUUUUUACUGACAAAUUUAUUAAUUGACUUACUGAAAAAGUCAGCACCCAGUCGAAUUGUUCAUUUAUCGUCAAUAAUGUACAGACUAGUACGCUUAAACUUAGAAAAUAUGAAUUGUGAAAAUAGUUCAUUUUAUCAUAACUGUAAAUUGAUUAAAAUUUUUUUCAUUUAUUCUACCAGUAAAUUAUACAUCAUAAUAGGAAGUAAUGAAUUUUCAAGGCGAUUAGCAGGCAGUGGAGUAACUUCUAAUUCUUUACAUCCUGGCGUAGUACGCACAGAAAUAAUGAGAAAUCUUCCAUUAAUAUUCAGAUAUUUUGCAAAUAAAAUUUCCCAAUUAUUUUUCAAGUCACCAGUGGAAGGAGCUCAAACAACAAUAUAUUUAUCAAUUCAUGAUGAAGUAAAAAAUAUCUCAGGAAAAUAUUUCAUGGACUGUGAAGAAGCCCACUCAUCAUCUAUAACAAGAGAUGUAGAAGUUGGCAAGAAGUUUUGGGAAAAAUGCUGUGAUCUUGUGAAUCUUAAACCAGAAGAAAGAUUCCUUUACAACACAUAUUACCAAAUAUUUACGUAUAUUUUUUAUGCUUCUUUAAUUGUGAUAAUAAUAAAAAUAUUAAAUAUUGUAACAAAAGGAAAAUGUAAAAAUUCUAAAAGACUAGAUGGUCAAGUCAUAAUUAUUACUGGGUCAAGCAGAGGAAUUGGAAAAUGCACAGCUUUAGAUCUGGCAAAAAGAGGUGCAAAAGUCAUCAUUGCAUGUAAUGAUAUAAUUGAAGCUAAUGAAGCUAAAGACGAAAUAAUAAAAAUAUCUGGCAAUAAAAAUGUUGAAGCACACUUUUUGGACCUAAGUUCAUUUGAAAGUGUAAGGAAAUUUGUAAAAACUAUUGUUGCAAAUGAAAAGCGACUAGAUGUUCUAAUCAACAAUGCGGGUAUUGCUGUUAAUUCAAAUAAAAAAACGAAAGAUGGUUUGGAAUUAGGACUGCAAGUGAAUCACUAUGGGCAUUUUUUGUUGACUAAUUUGUUAAUCGACUUAUUAAAGAAAUCAUCACCUAGUCGAAUAAUUCACGUAUCAUCCUUAUUACAUUUACUGGGAAGAUUGGACUUUCAUAAUAUGAAUUCUGAGAAAGGCCAUAACUUACUUACACUUUAUAGUGAUAGUAAGUUGUAUAAUGUGUUAGGUAGUAAUCAAUUUGCGAAACGUUUGAAAGGCACUGGUGUCACAUCAAAUUGUGUCUAUCCUGGUUGGGUUAGAACUAAUAUUUUCGAACAUGUUUUCCAACCAGCCAGAAUUAUAAUUGUUAGUUUAGCAACAUUACUCUUCAAGACACCAGAAGAAGGCGCUCAGACAUCUAUUCAUUUGACAGUUAGCGAUGAAGGAUCAAGAGUGUCGGGAAAGUAUUUCGUAGACUGCAAGAACAUGAACUUUUUCAAUCGUCCAUACAGUAAUGAAGAUAGACAAACGUUUUGGAAUAAAUGCUGUGAUCUAGUGGGACUCAAACCAGAAGAAAGAUUAAUUUAAAAAUGGAUAUGAAAAAAUUCAAAUUAUAUUUUUAAUAUUUUGACUUUAAUACUCAAUUACUUAUAAGUGUCUUCUAAACUCAUUAUUUCACGAAAAAAAACUUCUGUUUUUCAAUAAAAAGUACAACGGAAAAAAUUCUUCACCUGGAACACAAAUUUCAAAAACUACAAAUUUCAAUAUAUUAGCGAAAUUUUUAGUUAUUUCAGUUAAGACUUUCUCUAGUCUAGAGAAACUCAUCUCUGUUCCAAGUGAAGCUUUUCUUCCAUAUAAGUAAUAAAAUUUCAA